UCUCUCUCCAUCCUCCCAGCUGGGUCUGUGCAUGCCCCAUCCCCCGCUCAGGGCAGCGAAAUCCACCGAACCACGCAGAACAGCAGCCAGCCGUGUGCCGGGUUAGCGGGAACAGGGUGACGCAGAGCGAUCGAGGGUUAUCAAGGUGAUCGAGCAAUUCUCCUCAUCUCUAUCAUCAUCGCCCGCCAUCAACAAACCAAACCCGCCUAUAUAGCAGCCCCUCCACCCCCCUCUACAGCGCACCGACGCCCCGAGAGCCCCCCCUUGCCGCCAUGAGCUCCAUGUCCGUCUCCUCCAGCUCGUCCCAGUCCAGCGGCAUCCCAGGUGUACCCCGCGUCGGUGCAGUACGCUGCUACUGGGCCCUCCUCAAACCCAGAUACACCCCCAACCCCGACCCGGCCAUCACCACCCCCCGCCUCGACCUCGAGUUUGUCCAUUUCGACCCCAUCCUCGAUGCCCAUCUGUCAAAGCAAAAGAUGUCCAUGAUGGGCCGGCAGGUGUUGGAAUUUAUACAUCCUCAUGAACGUGAACAGGCGAGGAAGGAUCUUACGAGCGCUAUCAGUGCAGACGACCUGCAAGGGAGCGUGACCCGGGUACGUUUCGCGAGAAUGUCGCGUAUACGGACCAUCUUGGGGUGUCUGCCCGAAGAGAACGAGUUUCCGGAAGGCAUGGAUGAGGUCUUUGAGGACGACAUGUACAUCAUCGAGGAUGUCGUGCUCAACUGGGUCGCAGAAGGCAUGCUCCUAGCAUUCUUCCACAGUAUUAAAGAUAAAGACCCCGUGGGCAACAACGACCCCAAACGCGCCCACGAAGAAUGGUCGAACUGGUGCGGUACGAAGUACAUGGCGGACGAACAAAUUGAAGCCCUUUACCGGGACGUCCUCAACAAAAUCUCAAUACCCCCCAACACCGGGCGUCCCCCAACCCGCGUCUUUCAGCUCCACCUCCUCCCACCAGACUUUUCCCCCGAAACCCCAACGCAGCUCAUCUUCUCCUGGCCUCCUCCCCGGGCACAGGGGUCCUUUGCGACGCUGGAUGGGUAUUACAAUGCGCUGGAGUAUUGUGAUAUGAUGAAGCAUGUGGAUAUGGAUCCGUCGCAGUUGACGGCUGGCCCGGGGGAGUUGAGGACGAAUUGUACGACGCGGUAUGGGGCGCAUCACCUUGUGACGACGGAAGGGCUGCACAGGACGGUGGCGAGCGUGUUUAUCCCGUAUGGCAAGUUGAUCUUUGCGUGUUUCCAGACGAUCAAGGAGCAUGAGCUGCCGCUUGGGAACGGGAAUGGAAAUGGGAACGGGCAGCAGGGGAAUGGGUGGGGUCAUGGGGGUUUACACCCUCCGACGGGCGCACCGUCGCUUACACCAUCCCCAGCGCCAACGUCUUCACAUCUCCCACCUCAUCCAUCCCACCCAGUGCACCAACAUACCCCUCACUCCCAUCCCCAUCAACACCCCUACUCCCACCCUCACCAAAACUCACAUCCUCAUCCCCAUCCUCAUCAUCGCCAACACCACCCACAAGAUUGGUCCACCGACCCUUCCCUCUUACCGCACCGCCAAGAAAGCGGGUCGUCCGAUUUCAGCGAUUGGGAUCCGCAUGGGGCGUAUGGGAUUAUGGACUCUGCUUCUCUCGGUUUACAUGAUCAUGGUCAUGGCCAUGGCGGACACGGGCAGGGGCAUAACCAGAAUCCUGUCAUGCACAACCCCCCGUCUUUCCUCGGGCAUCACCACCUCGCUUCCAACCACGGCCACCCCUCCGCCCACCCUCACCCGCUCCCCCACGCCCAUCCUCAUACCCAAGGGCAAGGGCAAGGGCAAGCCCAAGGGAACGACCUACACCUCGCCCCAUCCAACGCCUACCCCACCCCCGCAAGCGCUACGUCGUCUUACGGCUACUACACCCCCACCCCAGAUUACGGCUCGUCCCUCUCGAGCGGGCUGGGAACUGUUCAUCCGCCGCCGGGUGCACCGGGUGGGCAGGGGGCGGGGCCGCAGACGGCGACGGCGGAUAGGCAUGGGUCUGUGCCUGUUGGUGCUUUGGCUUCUGCUCCUGUUUCUGGGUCCGGGGCCGGGGAAAGUAAGAGUGGGAAGGGUGAAGCAGGAGGAGGGGCAGGAGGAGGCAAUGGGAAUAGUAAAGCCAGCUCCAGACCUCUAGUCAGGCCACCAGGGGAUAUAGAGUGUUGUGUCAUGUGCGGCACGAAAGAGUCGCCCGAAUGGAGAAAGGGGCAGACUGGGAAGAAGGAUCUUUGUAAUGCAUGUGGAUUAAGACUGGCAAGACAGGUAGCAAAGAGGGAAGGGAGAUCGAAACCGAGAAAGAAGAAGGAAGAAGGGUCGUCGACGCCUUCGAAAGGCGAUGGCGGGGCUACGACGGGGACUAAAGAUAUCAACGGUCUUUCGGGGAGAUCAUGACCUUUUUUCAUGAGGCGAGAUGAAGAGAGGGGUUGGGGGAUGUCGUGUUUGUAAAUCAUCACGAGUUUCAGGUUGGGUCAAGAAAUUUGUCCAUAACCAUUUUUGGAAGACGUAGACAAAAGAGGUUAAUCGCGGAGAUGGUUCUGCAAAGUGUAUAAUAGCCAGACCGAGAAUCUUGGUCAAUAGUAUCAUAGCGCAUUUCUCUUCCUUUUCAGUGCAUAUACAUAUAUAUAUAUAGCAUGUUAUCGUAUCAUGG